AGACACAGACAACAGUCGUCCGUCCUCCCCCAAAAUCCCCCAUCCGCAGCUCAAAACUCCACCCAAUUCAAUUUCAAACCGCAAUCUCCCUUCCCUUCCCCUUCACAGCUCCAUCCACUCCACCCUCCUCCAAUCUCCAUCGCCAUCGCCAAUCCUGAGCUGAAAGCAAGCAUCAUAGCAGUCUCGCACCACGCGCGCGCGCGAGAGAGAGGCACCAACACCAGGGAGACUCACCACCACGAGACAGGGACACCGACGGGCGCCAUCCCCAUCCACCACCACCCUCUCUCCCAGCUUCCGUUGGCUUCACUCCCACUGCAUCCCCCCCUCACUCGCUCACUUCCCCCCUGCUCCCGUCGCCUGCCCGCGCCACAGAUCUCGCCCGCCGGCCGGCCGGAACCCUAAUGCAGCUGGAGGCCGCGCCGGGGGAGUGACGCCGAUGCAGCGCCGGGUGGUGGGCAUGGCGGACGGCGACGCCAGGGGGCGGACGCUCGGCGCCGUCAUCAAGGAGAAGGAUGAGGAGCUCGCGCUCUUCCUCGAGAUGCGCCGGCGCGAGAAGGAGCGCGGCGCUGCUGCCGCGGCCGCGGCCGCUGCGGCGGACCAGCUCCUGCUCUCCGGCGACGCAGUCGCCGGUGACGGGAUGCUGCUCCUCGACCCGCCGCCGCCCGCCGAGCCCAAGCCGGCGGCUUACAAGGUGGCUGGCUGCGGAUUUAGGAGGGCGCCUGGGGGAGCGGACGACUUCCUCAAUGCAGACGCCGGCGACAAGAACGAUUACGACUGGCUUCUGACGCCACCAGGAACUCCCCUAUUCCCAUCUCUAGAAGUUGAGUCCAAAAGGUCCCCGGUGAGCCAAGCUGGAACGCCAAAGACUCGUCAAACUGCCUUAAAAUCUAGGUUGUCCAAUCAUCCAGAUCCUCCAUCAAGAACCAACCUUCCAUUAAGGACAGCAUCAUCAAACAGCUUGAACUCAGUUGCUACAACCCGCCGACCAUCAUCGUCUGGAGGGCUUACUACUAAUUCAUCAAGGCCUUCAACACCAACUGGACGUGCUGCAUUGACAGCUAGUUCCAAAGGUUCAAGACCUUCGACCCCCACUUCCCGUACAACUGUUCCUGCCAAAACUGGAGCUUCUGCGCCAAGAUCAUCAACGCCGACUUCUAGAUCAACACUUCCGUCAGCCAGGUCAACAACCCCUUCAAGCAGGGCAGUUGCCCCUGCUAGCAGGACUUCAGCUCCUUCAGGCAGAGCAUCCGCACCUGCUAGUAGGUCAUCAACACCUACUUCAAGGUCAUCAAUACCUGCUACCAGGUCAACAACACCAUCAUCCAGGCCCUCCAUUCCAGCGCAAAGCAAGCCUACAUCAAGGGCAUCAACCCCAACAAGGCGACCUUCUGCCCCUUCAGCCCAGCAUGGUAACUUGGCUGCACCAGUUAGAUCGUCCUCAAUCUCCAAACCAGGUUCUACAAUGCCCAAAGGUUCUUCACCAGCAAAAACUGCAGCACCAACACCUUCAAGAGGCAGCUCACCUACUGUCAAAUCAAGACCAUGGAAGCCAUCUGAAAUGCCUGGUUUCUCUCUUGAUGCGCCUCCAAACCUAAGGACAUCGCUACCAGAAAGACCAACCUCUGCCACUAGGGGCAGACCUGGGGCACCUAGUUCUAGAUCUUGCUCUGUUGAGAGUGGGCCAGCUGGUCGACCAAGACGACAGUCUUGCUCUCCCUCCAGAGGAAGGACUUUAAGUGGCAGUGUGCCUUCAGGGAGCUCCAUGCCAGCAGUGAGAAGAUCACAUCUCAAUGGAGGUGACAGUGUGAAUCCAGUUCAAAUGGGUAAUAAGAUGGUUGAAAGGGUUGUGAACAUGAGAAGGCUAGUUCCUCCAAAGCAUGAUGAUCAAAGAUCCAGCCUCAAUAGUCUAUCUGGUAAAUCUUCGAAUUCUCCAGAUAGCUCAGGCUUUGGUAGAACUUUGUCGAAAAAAUCACUGGAUAUGGCACUUCGGCAUAUGGACAUAAGGCGCAGCAUUCCAAACAAUUUACGGCCUCUUAUGACAAGCAUCCCUGCAUCAUCUGUUCAUAGUGCACGUUCAGGAUCCACAAGGAGCAGACCGAUAAGUGUUUCAGACUCACCGCUCGCAACAAGCAGCAAUGCUAGCUCGGAGCCGAGUGUCAACAACAACCUGAUGUGCCUGGACAGUAUUGAUAUUGAUGAUGAGUUGUGCAGCGAUAGAGCAGGACCCUAUGGACGUUGAUUCACUUAUUUGCAAGAAGUAUAAAAGGCAUAAUUCUGAUGGAACUAUUUGGCUACAGAAUGUUCAGAGCAGCAGAGUAGAAGAUCUCCGAGAUGAUCCCGAGUAUCUGACGAGCAUUAUUAUUUUGUUAUAUUUAGGUUCUUCGAAUGUUCAAUAUUUAUCCAGCUCAUUCUUGUCAUGUCAUGCUCUGCAGCUCCAUGUGCAAUUUCAACCCUGGACCUUAAUAUGCUAUUGAAAAGUGUCCUUUUAUGUGAUGAGGCCUUGUUUAGUUCA